GUAUUUUUAUUUAAUUUGGCAACUCGUUUUUUUAUUGUUUGUGUCAAACCAUUCGUGUUGAAUUUUAUAGGAAAAAUAUUUAAUUAUAAAACGUAUAUACAUAACUUAGCACGUUAAAAAAUAAUUAAACCUGACCGAAACAUAGAAAUAUUAUUACUUUCUAUAUUUCUGUAUAAGUACACAGUAGGUUUAAGAGUAACUUAAAAUGUUAAAUUACAAAUAAAAGAAUCUAAGAAUAGGUAAAAAUGGCAAACUCUGUGAAUAUAUCAAUUGAAGCACCUAUUGAAAAUCAAAUCCAGGAAAUCACUUACGAUGGACAGGAGAUAUACCAAGCGCCCCUGUCAAUGUCAGAGAACCUUGCAAGGCUCGCCCAAAAAAUAGACUUCUCUAAAACUGAUGAUGAAUUCUGCAACAUCAAGAAAGAGGGUGAGAGUAGCUCAGAGUCUAAAUCUGAGGAUGAUAAGGAUCCUGGCUACCAGUCGAGCCUGUGGCCGUGGGACUCUGUGAGGAACAAGUUACGGAAUGCUCUCACAGAGGUGUGUGUGCUGGCCGAUGUGCUAAACAUUGCUAAGGAGAAAAGGUAUAUGGUUUUAGACCCAGUCCAACCAGAACCAGUGGAAAGCCGUCAGAUGGUGCAAGUGUAUGGACGUAAGAAAGCCCUGGCAGCUGCAGCAGCGGUGUUGCUGGCUGGAGUGGAACGGCUCCGAGCCAGCGAGACGAUGCGCAUGACGCGCAACAUGCCCGAUUUCCAUAUAGACCUGCUUAGACUGAGGCAGAAUUGGAGGUUGAAGAAAGUUUCUAAUACCAUAAUCGGAGACUUGAGUUACAGGACCGCUGGGUCUAAAUUCAACCAGACUGGAGUUUUUGAGGUGACCAAAGCCCCUGAGGAGCAAAUAGCACAAGCAAUGAGUCUGAACACCAGCGGUCCUGCGCCUUCUGCGCUGCGAGUCACCGUCCCUCCUGAAUUGCAAGGCGUUGCGUUCAUUUCCGUACUCUGUCAGAAAGAGCAAGAAGAUGUGGUGACAGCAACACUAAGUUCGUCGGCAAUCAACUGCCCCGGGACACUACCGGGCGACGGGGCGGAGCUCCACUGGCAGCAGAAGCUGGAAGCUGCGCAGAACGUGCUGUUUUGCAAGGAGCUGUUCGCGAGGCUAGCGGCGGAGGCCGUACAGCUUGACGCUUCUAUACCGCACAUGGUUGUUGGGAAUCAGAUCAUGGCUACGGUAUUACCCGGCAUUCAGUUGUUAAUCGGCCUUUGUCACAACAACGGACAAAACAACAGCAAUACGAACGUGGAUGGUGUCAAGCCAGAAGGUACAGCGGGCAAAUCUGACCAUGACCACGUGUUGGAACACUCGCUACACCAGCUACUAAGAGCUGUGCAUCACUCUAACACUCACCAUCCCUUUCCGCACCCGGCCACCGGACCACUGGGGCCUUCGAAACGACGGUGUCUUGCAGGUCCAAUGGCAGCAGAUCGAUACGAGUUGUUGGACAUGAGCAAAGAACAAUCGCUGCUCGAGCAAAUAAUACAACAGGCGCAGCACUUCUUCAUGCGCCGUCGUAGUGAAUACGUGCUCGAUACCAUCGCUAAGGAGGUUAAGGACCCGCUGAUUGUUUCUCACUGGAACGCUCUGAAUAGUCCAACGCAGUCUUGUGUGAAGAUUAACAUUAUGGCACAUGGUUACGACGCGGUGUGCCGCACGUCUCUAGUCGUGCACGUUGGGGAGAAGACGCUGAAGUGCAUCUGCCGCGACGGGAAGGUGCGCCAUCUGUCCUACGAACUGCAGGAGCUACGAGAUCUCAUUUAUUGUCAAAUCUACCAGCAUCAGAUGACCGCCGUGCAGGCUGUGGGCCGCUGUAUGGGCUGGCAGCUGUUGGCCAGUAGCUCGCAUUUAGGCUCCGGUCCCGUAGAACCUUUAGGGAAUGCCUCGUCGUGCCUCCUAGCCUCGCCUAACGGUGAUAGAAUGAUAGCAAUUAGAUGCGAACCAUCUGUUGGAAUUCAAGUAUUUAUUGCUCAGUCGCCCAGAAAGGACUUCUUUUCCAGUGAACUAGUGCAAGACAAAAAGUGGGAGAACCUUGGAGGCGCGUUCAAGGAAAUUAAAUUAGAUAAAAUGGAGGGCAAAAACUUUUUAAACAAAAUGGAGCUUCUCAUGGCCUGUCUCAGCAGCCCGUCGUAAAUUUUGUAGCAAUAAAUUAUCACGAAUACAUCGACUGUUUAUUUCAUAA